CUCCUACCACUAGUAGUUGUAGUGGGAAUGUUACCAUUGGACCUAGGAUUCGUAAAUCUAGGUUGGAUUCCUUCUUUGUGCCUCGCACUACUCCUGGGUCCCAACCGUCGCUUGAGGGCAUGGGUUGGAACAAGGAGGUCCAUGAUGCUGCUAAAAUGGCAAUUGGCAGGUUUUGGAGCUACAGCUGUAUUCCAUUCUUUGUAGCCAGGUCUCCUUAUUGGCAACAAAUGGUUGAUGCCAUUACCAUAUGUGGGGCGAGGUUCAAAGCCCCUAGUGAGAGUGAUUUGAGGGGACCCAUUUUGUCUCAAAUGGUGGAUGAUGUGAAAAAGGAUUUAGAUGAACAACGCCACAUAUGGAGCACUAAAGGUUGCACCAUCAUGACUGAUGGUUGGACAGAUAGGAGAAAUAGAACUCUCCUUAAUUUUCUUGUUUCUUCCGCAGGGGGCACCGUUUUCAUCAAGUCCAUUGAUGCCUCUGCCCAUUGCAAGAAUGCCACCUACCUAUGUGAGCAGAUAGAGGAGGUGAUUGAAGAUGUGGGUGAGGAGAACGUGGUACAGGUGGUGACCGACAAUGCAGCAAAUUAUGUUGCUGCGGGUAAACUUUUGAUUACAAACUAAUUUUGUUUGCAAAUUAAUUACUAUCUUGUAGUUUGUAC